AUGUCCUCUCGAUCUAUAACCAUAGUGCACUCUGAGAGGUGCACAAGGCUCCACCACAAUGGGGUGAGGAUGCAGGGCACUCAGCUCUCCUCGAAACCAAAACUCCAGCAGGAGGAGGACAGAGAGUCCGGUAUCGGAUCCUCCCUUGACCUCAGCAGCGGCACCUUAGAGAGCUACAACCAACACACAAAUCACUCCUCCAGCUCACCUUCACUGGGGCAGGCAGGCACAUUCCCCACAGAGAGAGAUUUAGCGCACAUUGUAAGGCUAACCAUUUCUCUUCACGUCUGAACAGCAAUCGCAAACCGGACCAAGCAGGUUCUUAUUAAUCUAUCCAAGGUCCCCCUCGUCUUCAUCCUCCUCUUCCUCUUUGUCUGCUCCUUGGACACCCUGAGUUCAGCAUUCCAGUUAGCAGGGGGUAAAGUGGCCGGGGACAUUUUCCAGGACAAUGCUGUGCUGUCUAACCCAGUGGCAGGGCUGGUGGUGGGAAUCUUGGUGACUGUGCUGGUCCAGAGCUCCUCCACCUCCACCUCCAUCAUCGUCAGUCUGGUGGCCUCCGGAUUGCUUGAGGUGAGGUCAGCUGUUCCAAUCAUCAUGGGCUCCAAUAUUGGGACCUCGGUCACAAACACCAUAGUGGCCAUGAUGCAGGCAGCUGAGAGGAGCGAGUUUCAGCGUGCUUUUGCCGGGGCAACAAUUCACGACUGCUUCAACUGGCUUUCUGUGUUGGUUCUGCUGCCUCUGGAGGUGGUGAGUGGGCUCAUGACCUGGCUGUCGCACCUGCUGGUUACCAGCUUCAGCCUUCAGCCUGGGGAGGAAGCCCCUGAGAUGCUUAAGGUCAUCACUGAACCAAUCACCAAGCUUAUCAUUCAGCUGGACAAGUGUGUGAUCACAGGGAUCGCCAUGGGAAAUGAGGACAUGAGGAACAGGAGCCUGGUGAAAGAAUGGUGCCAGACUGACCGUGUUAUGCCUGUUGGAAAUUCAAGCACCGAAAACUGUGGCCCCUCACAUGACCUUUCCCAGUCGUUACUGAAAUGCAGGCAUUUAUUUGCGUCUACUGGCCUGUCAGACCUCUCUGUGGGCCUGAUUCUGCUGGUUUGCUCUUUGGCUGUCCUCUGUACCUGCCUGCUUCUUCUGGUCAAACUUCUCAACUCUCUUCUUAAAGGCCAAGUGGCAAAGGUUAUCCAUACAGUCAUCAAUACUGACCCGCCGUAUCCGUUUGAAUGGCUGGCAGGAUACAUGGCCAUGUUUGUGGGGGCAGGGAUAACAUUUUUGGUCCAGAGUAGCUCUGUCUUCACUUCAGCCAUGACUCCACUGGUGGGUAUUGGUGUCAUCAGUCUGGAGCGGGCCUAUCCUCUCACCCUGGGUUCCAACAUAGGCACCACGGCCACAGCCCUGCUGGCAGCUCUGGCCAGUCCUGGGAACAAGCUCGCGGCUGCCAUACAAAUUGCUUUAUGUCACCUCUUCUUCAACCUCUUCGGCAUUCUGCUGUGGUAUCCUCUUCCCUUCAUGCGUCUGCCGAUAAGGAUGGCUCAUAUCUUGGGUGAGCGCACCGCUAAGUACCGCUGGUUUGCAGUCUUGUACCUUCUCCUUUGCUUCCUGCUCCUGCCCUCACUGGUUCUUGGCCUUUCCCUGGCAGGAUGGAGGGUAAUGGCUGGUGUCGGGGCUCCUUUCCUGGGUGUUACCAUCUUCGUCGCCAUUGUAAAUGUAAUGCAGGCACGCAGCCCCGGUUGCCUACCUGCCAAGCUUCAGACUUGGGACUUCCUUCCUCAUUGGAUGCGAUCUCUGAAACCACUGGAUCGCUUGAUCACCAAGGCAACAGUUUGCUGCAGCUCUACGUAUGUUGAGGGACAGGGACAGGAAGAAGAGAUCUCAGCAAAGACAAACGCUAAAGACACAAAGAAAGAAGCUACCUUCAGGAAGGAGGCGCUGGCUUAUGAUAACCCAGUGCUGGACUUCUUGGAGGAGAGUCGACCAGGUGUCAGAGUUUUUAAACUGAGAGGGCUAGAGAGAUGCAACAGCACUCCUCUGUAG